GAUUCGGUUAUAGAUUUAAUGUUACCGGAGCAAUCUUCUCCUACCGUCGUUCCUUUCUCUCUCUAUCCCGUAAGCGACAGGGAGGCGGCGCCUCGCCACAGCCGCAAGGCGGCGGCCGGCCGGUCGCCGAGCUCUCCCCUCUCCGCACUCUACCUUACGGCGGCCCCGGACGGGCUCCUCCCGGCUUGUUGGGAGUGGUUGUACGAUAGCAGAGUGAGUUGUCCUUCCUGCCCCGUUUCCCGUCUCCUCUCCUCCGGGCUUGGUCCGCCGCCUGCACCGAUCUCCCGCGAGCAGGGGCGCGGUCGUCCUGCAUCCUUCACCGGAGUUACCUAAAGGAUGAGGCUAGUUGGACUGACCGGUGGGAUUGCAUCUGGAAAGAGCACCAUCUCCAACUUCUUCAAGGCUAGUGGCAUUCCUGUUGUUGAUGCUGACAUUGUUGCUCGGAACGUGGUACAGAAAGGCACUGGAGGUUGGAAGAAGAUUGUAGAAGCUUUUGGAAAUGAUGUUCUAUUAGAAAAUGGAGAAAUCGACCGAGCUCGCUUAGGACAGAUUGUUUUUUCUGACCCAGCAAAACGCCAAAUCCUAAACCGUCUUUUGGCUCCAUAUAUUUCAUCUGGGAUAUUUUGGGAGAUACUAAAACUAUGGAUAAAAGGCUGCAAGGUUAUAGUCCUUGACAUUCCUCUGUUGUUUGAGACAAAGAUGAACCAAUGGACGCACCCUGUUAUUGUUGUGUGGGUGAAUGAAGAAACCCAGAUUCAGAGGCUGAUGUCAAGAGAUGGGUGCUCUGAGGAACAAGCUCGGAAUAGGAUCAAUGCGCAGCUUGCAUUGGACUGGAAGAAGUCAGAAGCAGACAUAGUGAUCGACAAUUCUGGCACUCUAGAUGAAACGAAAGAAAAGUUUCAGCAAGUGCUGAGGAAAGUUUCUGAGCCCCUGACAUGGAAGGAGCGCCUGAGAUCUCGGGAUGGUCUUUUCUCUGUUGUGGUAUGUACAGCAGUGGGGCUAAUACUUGCUCAGAAGAACCUGCUAUGAUCUUUCAUGUUUAGCAGCAGAUUGAAAUGUACAACUGCAUAACUGAGCUCACAUUCUUUUUUUUUUUCCUGUCGAAUUUCGUGCGAUGGAUAAGUGAUGGACUGUGACUCUUGGCCUCUUGGGCGCAGGCCUCGCUUGACCAUAGUGCUGCAGUUUCCAGUUGCUAGCAAGUCUUUCUUUUUGUUUUUUUCACUGCUGAUUGCAGUUGAAACGUAAUGUUUACAUAGCUUUUUAUCA